AUGGCAGGUACUGGGUUAUCAUUAUUUGUAACCGGCCUUAUACUGAAUUGUUUAAAUUCCAUUUGUCAGAUUUACUUCACCAUAUUAUAUGGUGAUUUGGAAGCAGAUUAUAUUAACUCAAUUGAAUUGUGUAAAAGAAUUAAUACAUUGAGCGUACCAGAGGAAAUUUUACACGGUUUAAUUUCUUUAUUAUUUCUUUUCAAUGGAUAUUGGUUCAUUUUUCUUCUAAACUCCCCCGUUCUAGCAUAUAACGCUAGUAAAGUCUACAGGAAGACAUAUUUAUUGGAUGCUACUGAUAUUUUCAGAAUACUGAGUAAAUGCAAAAUUGAAUGUUUUUUAAAGCUGGGGUUCUACCUUUUCAUCUUUUUUCUUUAUUUCUAUAUGAUGGUCACAGCAUUACUUGAAAACGAUGCAAACUUGAUAGGUUAUUAG